GAACCGAGAGCAUGUUUUUUAUUACCGACAAGCAAUAAACAAUCUAAUCACCCUUACAAUACAGUACAUAGUGGUCCAAACGAGUCCGAUUAUUAGCGAGUGCAUCAAACAAAAGACGGAUUAGUGUGAACAGAUUAUAGCGAUAAGAAACCGGCCGCCGUGUAGUGCUAACACCAGUGCACCUUAUUGCGCUGUAAUACGGUUGAAACUUCAGAACAGCUAUCGAAGAAUUUUUUGUGGAAGUUUCUUACAAGUUCUAUUACAAAACUAGAAACAACACGUGAUAUAAUUACGUCAAAAUGGCUACUGCAGUUGAACAAUUAUUGAAUUUGUUACAAGAUGCUUCUAAUUUGUUAAAGAAGACACAGAUUAACUUAAAGAAAUGUUCAAAGUCUCGGCUUACACGUGGAUAUUUAACAGCGCGGUUGGAGUGUAUUAAAGAAUAUUGGAAACUGUUUAUAACUACGCAUCAAACUUUAAUAAAAACAACGACUCAAGUGCAACGUAACGAUAUAGCUUAUUUUGUUAACGAUGAGUACAACUCCUUUGAAGACUUGUACAUAUGUAUCAAGGCUGAUAUUCAAGAUAUGUUAUCAGAUAUGGAAACGCCGCCUUCUACGAGUAGUCAACAGAGGAAUUGCAGCUUGAUGUCGACUGAGGGAGCUUCAUCGCAAGUUUUGCUACCUAGGAUACAACUGCCUGUUUACAAUGGACAUUAUGAAGAAUGGCCUACAUUCCACGAUUUAUUUGUCAGUUUGGUGCAUAAUAACACAUCUCUUUCCGACGUACAAAAACUACACUACUUAAAGACAAGUUUAGCUGGUGAAGCCGAAGCGCUGUUAAGACACAUUCAAGUCACCGACACCAAUUAUGCACAAGCGUAAAACAACGUUUCGGUAACAAGAGGAUGAUUGUUACCACCGAGUCCUGGGACCCAGUAAUUAUAUUUCUUGUGAUACAGAAAUUGGAUCAGGACUCACACAAAGAAUGGGAGACAUACAACUACAAACAAAACACAGAUGAUUUACCUUCUUGGAGUGAUUUGAAGAUCUUUUUGGAAUCUAAAUUAAGGACAUUAGAGUUAGUUACCCCAACCAGUGAGAAUGCAUUUCAUGUAACUCCUUCCGUGAAAUCAUGUUUAUUAUGUAAUCAAAGUCAUACGUUGUGUCAUUGUAAAGAAUUUUGUAGAAUGUCAAUAAGCGAAAGAAACAAAUAUGUAAAAAUUAAUAACUUGUGUUACAAUUGCUUAUCGAUAGGGCAUCCAGUUAAGUCGUGUCGAUUGCCAAUAUCCUGUCGUAUCUGCAACAAACGCCAUCAUAGUCUUUUACAUGAAAACAAACAGGAGGAAGCUGUGGCUCAUACCAGUGUGUCACAAAUACAACCACAGAUUCCUAACAACACACAUGUCGAAGAUGGUGAAUUCCAAGUAAGUACAAUGAUGACGUCACAUUCAAACACAAACACAAAACACAAUUUUGCUUUAUUAGCAACAGCAAUGGUAAAACUAUGCAGUGAAGAAGGACACACUGUUGUUUUACGAACUUUAAUCGAUCAAGGUUCACAGGCAUCCUUUCUUAGUGAACUUGCUGCACAACUUCUCAAACUAAAAAGGAGACAGGUUCGAGGUACAAUCACAGGGGUAGGUUCAACACAAACGCAAGUCAGUAGCAUCGUACACAUACAAAUUUUUUCUACAUUUGAUUCUAAUUUUUGUAUGCCAACAGAAGCUUAUGUAAUGUCUAAACAAAUUACAACAAGGUUGCCAUCCAAGUCACUCAUCAAGAACAACUGGCCACAUAUACUAGGUUUACAAUUAGCAGAUCCAACUUAUGACAAACCUGGACCUAUAGAUUUAUUAUUAGGUGUCAAGGAAUAUGCUAAUCUAAUAAAACAGGAUAUUAUAAGAGGUCCUCCUGGUACGCCAUGUGCCCAAAAAACGAAGUUGGGUUGGAUUCUUUUCGGACAAAUAGAUGACCCUUUUACAGAAACACAACCCUUAAUUGUAAUGCAUCAUCAAAUUGACUUGGAUGUCAUGAUAAAAAAAAUGUGGGAGUUGGAAAAUGACACGGACAGAAAAUUAACACAAGAAGAAUGGCUCUGUGAAGAGAUUUAUAAACAAACACACAGAAGAAAUGAAGAUGGUAGGUAUGUUGUAAAUUUACCAUUUAAAACAAGCAAUGAAAAAUCGCCUGAUGGAAAUAGCAAAGAUAUAGCCUAUGGAAGAUUUUUACAAUUAGAGAGAAGGUUCGAAAGGAACCCUACAUAUAAAGAAGCUUACACAAAAGUAAUCAAAGAGUAUUUGACAUUAAACCACGCAGAAGAAGUUCCUGAAAAUGAAAAAGAUAAUAGAGCGGUGUAUUUAAGUCAUCAUGCAGUUAUUCGUAAUGAUAGUGAAAGUAUUCCGGAGUUAAAACAGUAGCAUUAAAGACCUCGAACCGA